GGAAAUCUGCAAAUCGGGGAUAGAUUAGCCGUGCCUUCUGGUGCUUGUCAGACGGCCCUGGGCAGAAACCGGCGACACCGGGUCUAUUGGCGGGGACAUGAGACACGGAGGCGAUGAUGGGACUUGUAGUCCGCCUCCAUAGUGAUGUCCCCACGGUGAGCGGCAGGUUCUGUGGACCCUCCUGUUUCAGUUGCUGACCAGUCCUGUACCUGCUGUUUGUGGCGCACGUUCUUGGCUCAGGCUUCUCUGAGAUGUGCCCCAGUGUCCUGCAGCAGAGGAUCGUGGGUCCUGAAACUCUUGUGAGAGUGCAAUGACCAGUCUGGACGGCAGCCAUGGAGACAAAGCACGCCAAGCCUCUGCCAAGACAACCGCACCCAAAGUGGAGGUCCAGCGUUCCAUUUCCCGAGAGACCAUCACCAUCCGCUUCUCAGCCAUGGGGAAGGAGGAGGAAGAAGAGGAAGAGACUCUCAGCGAGGACCUAGAUGACCAGAGCAUUGUAACUGCAGUGGAGGCCAGCGAGGACCUCUGCUUUGAUACCGGUACACACGUGAUCUCUAGCCUUGCUACCUCUCCCGCUAACGCCAUGUUAGAGCCUUCAUUGCCAACACUGCUACCUGCCGCCAAUCCAACCGCACCCACUGUCAGCUCCUUAGAAGCUCAACCCAAGUGCUUCAGCGCUGUGCCAUUACCCCUGUCAACCUCUCACAACAGUCUCGACUCGGCCAACGUGUUCCCUCCCACAGAGCAAAAGCCAUCACUGGUCUCCUCACCAUCCAAAGUGCUUGCAUUGACCAUGGCAUCCCCCACUGUCUCCAGCCCAAAGCCUUUCUUGAGCUUAGUCAAGUCUCUUUCGACAGAGGUAGAACCUAAAGAGUCCAGCACCUCCAUAAGGCACAGGCACUUAAUGAAAUCCCUGGUGAAAUCUCUGUCCACGGACACCUCCAAGCAGGAGGCAGAGGGCGGCUCGCACCGACCGGCCGACUCUAAACUCAACCUGCAACUGUUCAAGCAGUUUACACAGCCCCGAGUGACUGGUGGCGACUCCAAGACAGCCCCGUCUUCUCCUAUCACCUCCCCAUCCGAUGGGCGAUCCUUUUUCAAGGUCACUGAAGUGGAAGCCAAGAUUGAAGACACAAAGAGACGCUUCUCAGAGGUCAUCUAUGAGCCCUUCCAGCUGCUCAGUAAAAUGAUGGGCGACGAGUCUUCAAGCUACAGGUCAAAAGCCUUAUCUUCCAGUGCUUCAGAGCUGUCCAGCCUAUCCAGCCUCAAUGGUCACCUGGAGACGAAUAACAACUACAGCAUCAAGGAGGAGGAAGGAGACACCGAGAAUGAUUACUGCUCCCCUGAGUCCAAUUCUCCAAGGGAGGAGAAGUCUCCAGAACACAGAAAGGAACCUGUAAUGUCUCCAUUAGUGAGGGAUGCUGGGAGUAAGUCUGCCACCCUGGCUCUGGAGAAAUGCUCUCUGUCUGCUCUGGCCAGCAAGGAGGACGAAGAGUUCACAGAGCUUUACUCUGAAGACUUUGACUUUGAGGAUGAGGAGGAUGGUGCAGCGGAUUCUCCUGAGGAGGAGGCCAGGCUCUGUGCUUCCUCUGAAGAUGAGGGUGAUGUGUAUGUAGAACAAUGCGAAGUUCCCGUGCUAACUCUGUGCCUCCUCGUACUCUCCGUCUACGCUUAUUUUAUACUCCCCCUCCCCAGUUACUUUGAAGGACUCUGUUUGGGAAUGGGCUUUGGUUUCAUGGCUGCCAUCGCCAUGAUUUGGUUUUUUGCGUUUCCUCGUUCUCCACAUCGCUGCCUGCGCCAACACGAGACCCCAGUGGAGCCGCUGAACAUCACCGAGCCUGACAUAUGGAAGGGAUGGAUGAACGAGAUCCAGAGCUACGACCCAGAGACAUAUCACGCCACCAUGACCCAGUCCGUGUUUGUCCGCCUGGAAGGUUCCACGCUACGUCUGUCUAAACCCAACAAGAACGUCUCCCGUAGAGCCAUAUACAAUGAGGCCAAACCCGACGUCACCUAUGUCAGCCAGAAGAUCUACGAGCUGGUGGACAGCAAGGUCCAUCUUGUCCCGCAGAGUCUGGCGCGGAAGCGUCUCUGGAAUAAGAAGUACCCCAUCUGUCUGGAACUGGCCCGGCAGGAAGAUUUCAUGUCCAAAGCUCAGGGGGAUAAAGAGAGCACGGAGGAGAAAGGGGAGACCCAAGCCGAAGAUGGCAAGAAGAGCGGGGCCCCUGGGGCCAAGGACCAAGUGCUUUACCUGUUUGGGAGGUCAGGCAGAGAGAAGGAGGAAUGGUUCCACAGGUUUCUUCUGGGCUCCAGGAUGAAGGCCGACAUGAAGAAAGCAGGCGGAGCGGCAGCUUUGAAGUCAGGGCCCCUGCUCUCACACAGCAGGCAGAGCAGCCAGUCCGGGGCCCUGGGCCACAGCCGCAGCAGCAGUAAGGGCAGCAUGGAUGAAGUGAUGGCCCAGGCCCGGGCCAAGGAGCUGCCCGCAAACGUCCGGCAGAGGAUGCUACUGGACUAUGGUGUGUACAUGGCCCGGUGCGUCCCACAGGAGGAGAGGAGCCCGGACGAGAGCCCUGCCACCAGUGCCAACAGCAGCCCCACAGCAGCCAAGAAGGUGGUCGCGGAACAGGCGGUUCUGGAGGAGCAGGCCUGGGUCAACACUCUGCUCGGGAGGAUGUUCUGGGACUUCCUGAGGGAGAAGUACUGGUCCGACCUGGUGUCCAAAAAGAUCCAGAUGAAGCUCAGCAAAAUCAAGCUGCCAUACUUCAUGAAUGAACUGACGCUGACCGAGCUGGACAUGGGGGUGUCUGUGCCGAAAAUCCUGCAAGCCUUCCAGCCAACCAUAGACCACAGAGGUCUGUGGACGGAUCUGGAGAUUUCCUACAACGGAUCUUUUCUUAUGACUUUAGAAACAAAAAUGAACCUGACCAGACUGGGGAAGGAGCCGCUCGGGGAAGCCUUCAAAGUGGGCGAGAGCGGGAAAGAAGGCACCAGACCGAGGGCCUAUUACCUGGCAGACAGCGAUGAAGAGUCGUCCAGUGCCGGAUCAUCUGAUGAAGAAGAUGCAGCAGAGAUAACCAGUGACCGGCUGCAGACGCCCGGAGCAGAGGGGUACGUGGGGCCUCAUCGAACGAGCAAGAUCAUGAGAUUUGUAGAUAAAAUCACCAAGUCCAAAUAUUUUCAGAAGGCAACAGAGACAGAGUUUAUAAAGAAGAAGAUUGAAGAAGUGUCGAACACCCCGCUGCUGCUGACCGUGGAGGUGCAGGAGUGCAGAGGAACGCUGGCCAUCAACAUCCCCCCUCCCCCGACUGACCGCAUCUGGUACGGUUUCCGGACACCCCCACAUCUGGAGCUAAAAGCGCGGCCAAAACUUGGGGAGAGGGAGGUGACCCUCGCUCAUGUCACUGAGUGGAUCGAGAAGAAACUGGAGCAGGAGUUUCAGAAAAUCUUUGUCAUGCCAAACAUGGAUGACGUGUACGUGAACAUCAUGCACUCGGCCAUGGACCCGCGAUCCGGCGGAGAGGCGGAGGAGACGGCGGAGACUCAGUGAUGGCGGCCAUGCUGUUUACAGUGUUACAGACUUUUCUUUACCAUUGAUUUGUGCCUGUCCCCCCUCCCCCCCCCCCCCUCCCCGGAGUCGCACUAGACCCUGGGGGGGGGCACACGGAGGAGAGCCCCAUGUGUGAAGAAAGGAGCAGCGAGUAUGGAGGGAAUGUGCUGCAGCAUAACCCGUGGGGUGUAUAGAGGCCAUGA